AUGACAAUGAAAAGCACCCUCAUCCUGGGUUUGCUCUUUGCUGGAUGUUAUUUAGACAUAAAUGCUCUUCAGCAGCAGAAGCCCCCCGACAAAAAUCAAGGUACCCACCAGACCAGACACCCUUUCCAGGAGUCAGAGGAGAAACGAGCUGCAAAACAAAUUGUCCGCCAAAACACUGAGUUUGCAUUUAAGAUGUACCGAGACAUGGCCCAGAAAAGUAAAGAUAAGAACCUCUUCUUCUCCCCUCUGAGUGCUUCCACUGGCUUCUCCAUGUUGACCCUGGGAGCAAAAGAUUACACUCUGUCUCAACUAACUGAAAGUCUCAACCUACAGAAAGUGCCCACGAAGACCAUCUACCGAGGCUUCCAUUACCUUGUUCACAGUCUCAACCAACAUGACAGACAUCUCAAGCUCCACUUGGGCAAUACUCUAUUCAUGGAGGACCAGCUGAGAGUCCAGAAAAGGUUUCUGGAUGAUGUCAAGAGCAUUUAUGAAGCAGAAACCGUCUCUACAGAUUUCAACGACCCGCAGGAAGCCAUUACACAAAUCAACAAUUACGUCAGCCAGAAAACCCAAGGGAAAAUUAAUAAUUUGAUAAAGAAUGUGGAUCCGGGAACAAUGCUACUUCUGAUUAGCCAUAUAUACUUUCAAGGUGAAUGGGAAAAGAAGUUUAACACAAAGGACACAAAAGAAGGUGACUUCUUUCUGAUCAACGGGAAGUCAGUGAAAGUUCCCAUGAUGUACCGAGGUGGCAAGUACAAAACUGCUUAUGAUGAGCAGCUGUCUUGUACGAUUCUAGAAAUACCUUUUAAGGGAAAUGUCACAGGGCUUUUCAUCCUCCCAGACAAGGGAAAACUGCAGAAAGUGGAAGAAGGGCUCUGUGAGGAAAAGCUGGCCCAAUGGAGGCGGUCAUUGAAGUGCAGUUCUGUUGAUGUGUCAUUGCCCAAGUUUUCCAUCUCUGGUACUUAUGACAUGAGAAAGUGUCUCUCUGGGCUUGGUGUCACCCGAAUCUUUCAGGGAAGUGCUGACCUCACCAGAAUCAGUCCCCAGAAGAACCUGAAAGUGAGCCAGGCUAUUCAUAAAGCUGUGUUGAAGAUGGAUGAAAACGGAGCAGAAGCUGCUGGAGGAACCGGCAUUGAGACCCUGCCAAUGACUGUUCCCCAAAUCAUUAAAUUCAAAGAACCCUUCCUAAUGUUAGUUUUAGAUAGCCCAACCCAGUCUGUUCUCUUCGUGGGAAAAAUAAUGAACCCUAAAUGA